UGGUUCUGUUUAUGCCAUCUUAAUCUUAAUCUUCCUUCUAUCGAGCUUUUGUUUUGCACCGCCAGCAAUGCCACUCUCCACCACCUUAAGUCGCCUUGCAACCCCAACGUCGAGAUGCUAGAGCCAAGUAUUCGCAUCCGCCGCGCCAUCGUCGCCAACGACGCCCUGCUGGUCAAGCGCAUCCUCAAAUCCCACCGCGAAGUCCUCCACAACCCCGAUGCAUCCCCCGAGGGUCUAUCCAACUCCAACCUCCAUCUGGCCGCCUCGUUAGGCCAUCUUCCAGUCUGCAAGGUCCUCAUCGAGUUUGGUCACGAGGACCCAGACCCCGCCCUCAACGAGAACCUGCAGACAGCGCUCAUGCUCGCGGCCGCCGGCGGCCACACCGAGGUGGUGCACUUCCUGUGCGAGCUGAAUCCCGAAAUCGUCCUUCGCCGGGACGCCCGCGGCCGCGACGCCAUCAUGGAGGCCAGUCGCAACGGCCACGACACGGUCCUCCAAAUCCUCCUGACCUACGUCCCCGGCGGACCCGAACAGGCGGUCCAACGCGUCGACACGGACGGCAAUACCGCGCUUCAUUUCGCCAGCGGCAACGGAAACCUACUCGUUCUCCGGACGCUCCUCGCCGCCGGCGCCGAUGCCGAGCGUAAGAACAACUGGAAUUGGACGGCCCUCUCCUACAGCGCCACGGUCCAGGCCGAAGUCUAUCUCAAGGGCUUGGUCGCCGAGGUAGAGCGGAGGAAGCAGAUACGCCAGGAGAUCGAGGAGAAAAAGAAGGCGGGGGGUGUCCGUCUUGUCGAGGAAAGUGAGCAGGGUUGAGGACGCAAGCUCUGCGCGGUCAAUUUGACGUUUAGUCAUGCCUGGUGACCGUGACCAAUACGCCAUCGACCUGUGACGCCUGAUCGG